GCAGGAGCCUGUGAGCGCAGAGACGGAUAAACGAAGAGACACAACCUGUGCCAGUGCGCGUUCUUCCAAAUUUGCCCCCAGCGCAAAGCAGGGAGACCGGAGCAGACCAGCAGCACCGGGACGGCGCGCGCCAUGAACAGGUCUUUGAACGCGCCGCGGAUCGGUGGCGGUUCCGUGGCCGUGGAUCACGAACUCAUCAUCACAUCUACUUUCGGGACGCUUCUAUCCGUUGUCUACGUGAUCGGAGUGUCGGGUAACGUGUACACGCUGGUGGUGAUGUGCCACUCGAUCCGUUUCGCCACUUCUAUGUACAUCUCCAUCAUCAACCUGGCUCUGGCGGAUCUCCUCUAUCUCUCCACUAUCCCCUUCGUGGUGUCCACUUACUUCCUAAAGGACUGGUAUUUUGGGGAUGUGGGCUGCCGCAUCUUGCUCAGUUUAGACCUCCUCACCAUGCACGCCAGCAUCUUCACCCUCACUGUCAUGUGCACGGAGCGCUACCUGGCUGUCACCCAGCCGCUGGACACUGUGAGACGCUCCAAGAGUUACCGCAAAGCUCUGGCAUGGGGUGUGUGGCUGCUGUCUUUGGUUCUUACUGUGCCCAUGAUGGUAAUGGUCACCCAGACCACAAAGAGAACCCCAGAUGGGGGUGUGAAGAGAAUGUGCGCACCCACAUGGGCACCUUUGGCUUAUAAAGUUUACGUUACCGUUCUGUUUGGCACCAGCAUCAUGGCACCGGGGCUGAUUAUCGGUUACCUGUACAUCAGGUUAGCACGCACUUAUUUAGAGUCCCAGCGCAACUCUGUGAUCAGCAAAGGUGGCAAGCGGUCACCAAAACAGAAGGUGCUGAUCAUGAUCUUCACCAUCGUGUUGGUCUUCUGGGCUUGUUUCUUGCCCUUCUGGAUUUGGCAGCUGCUGCCUCUGUAUCACACCAAGCCACUGAGCCUGGCCUCGCAGACACACACCUGCAUCAACUACCUGGUGGCGAGCCUCACAUACAGCAACAGCUGUAUUAACCCCUUCCUCUACACGCUGCUCACCAAGAACUACAGGGAGUACCUGAAGAACAGGCACAAGAGUUUCUACCGGUACACCUCCUCGUUUAAGCAGCGGCCGCCCAGCCUCCACUCUUGGGGGAAGUCUGCGUCCUCCAGCAACCAGUACGAGUUCAACUCCGAAACGCUGGUCAUGGGGUCGCUGAAGUAACAUGUGAGCUGCAUACGGGAGUGGAGGAAAGCUCCGGGAGCAAGA